AUGGACUGGCGGCUCCUCGACCAUGCCAAAGAUGCGCAAGACACAGCGACCGCGCUCAGUACUUUCCUAGACGAGAUUCCAGAGUACUCAAAGGAGAUCAAGGGCGACAUUGCCGAGCUCUUUGCCAUCUCGAGCGCCCUUGAUGUACUGCACGAAGACCUGGAAUUGUCGCGCUAUGGCAGGUACGCUGGCCGCAUCUUGCGUGAUCUCGAGAUAUGUCUCCCUAGCCUGAGUUAUACGCUGGAAGACAUCCGAAACAUCUUCAACAAGUCGAAGCGAAAGGGCCGACAGCAUCCUGGAGCUUUCCCCGGUACCCCACCGUACGCGCAAAUCUGGGAAGAUGCGUGCGACGAGAUGCGGGGCACAAGAACUCGGUGCCUCGGACGAGAUGAGCCACAAGCUAUCGAGCGUCUAAUGAAAGACGGCUUCGAGAAAGUGCUGGAACUCGACAAACGUCUGGUGUUGCGAACCGAGUCGAGUUUGCAGCUCUGUCGUGUGAACCGCGAGGAUGGCCGGCUCGACCUUUGGGCUAAUUUGCGCUUCACACUAUACGAACGUAUGGUGCUGUUCUAUAGCACCAUGGUAGCUAUGAAACGACAGGAUAACACUCAAGCACCGCCAGGUUUAGAAGACAUCUUUCAACCUGGAGAACGAGAAGAGUUCGGAGGGGAAAUCCAGGAUAACUCUUACUUGCAUGCAAUCCGCAUCUUCCGUGACACGGAUUCAGGGUGCGUACGGUUCGAAGCUACGCCUCGUCGUGGACCAUUGAAGACUAUUCCCAUCUGGACGGCCUUCGUCACCCAAUACAUCGGACAUAAGAGCUGGAUGAAGCGGGUGGGGCCACAGACCAUUUCGUUCCGUGAACUUCACCCUUACAUGUUCACUGAUGGGUACAAAUUGCCCAAGGGCCCGUCAGGCAGGUACCAAUUGACAUUCACCACACCGAAAGACAUGCGAGACUUUAUGGAGAUCUUCCACAGGAUUCGGAAUUUUCGCUUUGCAAACUACUACCAGGGAGGAACGCUCAGUCUUGAACCUUCCUCUACAGUGUCUGGUACUCUUGCUUCAGAAAUCACUUUCCUCACCAUGGCUUCUUCACACACCGGGGGCAGAAGCGACCCGCUCGCUGCCAUGGCGCACUCCGAGGCGCAUUACUUUAACAGCUACAACCACCAUGGUAUUCAUGAGGAGAUGCUGAAAGAUGAGGUCCGAACCAAGAGCUACCGUGACGCCAUCUACCAAAACGGGCACCUCUUCAAGGACAAGGUUGUCCUCGACGUCGGAUGCGGUACAUCCAUCUUGAGCAUGUUCGCUGUGCGUGCAGGCGCUAAGCAUGUCAUCGGUGUCGACAUGUCCACCAUCAUCGACAAGGCGAAGGAGAUUGUCGAGCGCAACGGCAUGAGCGACAAGAUCACGCUGCUACAAGGCAAGAUGGAGGAGGUCAAGCUACCGUUCGAUAAGGUCGACAUUAUAAUAUCGGAGUGGAUGGGAUACUUCCUUCUCUACGAGUCCAUGUUGGACACCGUGCUGUAUGCGCGCGACAAGUACCUCGUCAAGGAUGGGUUGAUCUUCCCGGACAAGGCAACCAUCUUCAUGGCGGGUAUUGAGGACGGAGAGUACAAGGACGAGAAGAUUGGCUUCUGGGACAACGUCUGGGGCUUCGACUAUACCCCGCUUAAAGCCACCGCCAUGACCGAGCCCCUCGUCGACACCGUCGACCUUAAGGCUGUCGUUACCGACCCCGCCCCCGUCAUCACUCUCGACCUGUACAAGUGCACCGUCGACGAUCUCUCCUUCCGACUGCCUUACGAGCUCAACGUUCGCCGCCCCGACUUCAUUCACGCCAUUAUCGCCUGGUUCGACAUCGAAUUCUCCGCCUGUCAUAAACCCAUCAAGUUCUCCACCGGCCCUCACACGAAGUACACGCACUGGAAACAGACAGUAUUCUACCUGCAGGAUGUGUUGACCGUCGAGGAGGGUGAGAAGAUUGUCGGCGAGCUCGAGAACAGGCCGAGCGAGAAGAACCACAGGGACUUGGACAUCACAAUCUCGUACAAGCUGAACACGGAGGACAUGCACAGGCAGGCGACCGGUCAAGGCACGUACAAGAUGUGCUAG